AGCGAGGUUUUAAAUGUUAGGGAGGUUCAUUUUAAGUUAAAUAAACUGUAUGACUGUCGCAGAUGGGUUCUAAUAUGUCUAUAGUUUAUUUGAAAUGCCUACGAAAUAACCAGCGUGGAAAAGCUAGCGUGAGACUUGUAGAAACUUGCUAAUGUUAGAAGCAUAGCUAACUCGCUGACAGCUUAGCCUUCAGCUAAGAUACUCCUGCCCUUCUUCAUUUGAGGCAGUUGGAAAUGUUUACAUGGCACACAGAAAAGACGUUUUUAAAUCAAAGGUUCUCCAGAAGCUCUAUCCUGCAGUUGUCACUGUUGGAAAGGAACAAAAUGCAUCAGCCGUCACAGACGACCUGCCCACAGCAACUGGUGGGAAAAUCAGAACAGGUGGAGAACAUGGUUCAAGUGGAGAUGCAGGGAAGCUACAGAAUGCUGCCACUUCAAGCAGAAAGAUGUACACAGUUCUACCUCCUCCCCCAGACUAUAAUAUGCAUUUAGAGAAAUCUGUCAUACUUCCCCAGAUUGGAAGCGUAAACAAUGCAGAAGAUCCUGCUGAGGGAUGUGCCGAUAAGGGAGGUGAAGAGGAAGAUGGAGAAAAAGAGGCAGAAGAUCAACAGUGUAGAAGAAGAAGAAAGAAGAAGAGGCCGGCUGUUCCUCAGGACUGUGGGAAAGAUGGACCUCCAGUGAGCGACGAAUCAGGUCCCAGUCCGGUGCCCGUCAACGAGAGAGGCGAGCAAAUGAGCAGGAACAAGAGGAGAAAGCUGAAGAAAAAGAGGCACAAAGAAAAGUUGUUGUCCUUGGGUCUGAUGCCCCGCGCUGCUGCACUGGAGUUCACUUACAGUAAAGAUGGAGAGGAAGAUGAGAGGAAAGCUGCUGAGCUGUCAGAGUUCAUGAGCACAACACUGGAAAUCUAUAUGUCAGACUCCUCUCCUCAUAUGGUCCAGACUCCUCAUCUUUGUGCUACAGUGGAUGGGCUUUUAAAGGAACUAGCUGGUGGAUCGAAACCCAACUCUGUCCUCAACCAGCUGUACAGUCUUAAAACAUUAGUACAACAGAAUAUGGCUGGCAGUCUAGAAAAGGCAUUAUCAGAGCUGAACAACAGUCCCGAUAUGUCUGCAGAAGAAGCCAAUGCUGUUGUUUCACUGUUCAGAUACUGGAUCACAGAGAUACUUCCCAUGCAAAGAGACAAAACAGCAGGACUUUCUGCCACGCAGCAAUAACACCAUCUGUGAGCGAAAACAGACUAUACCCAAGAAAUAUUUCUGCUUUCUUAGAAUUUUUUAUUUUUUCAUAAAUAAAGAGGUUGAACUUCA